AACAGUCCUUUUCUUUUCCAUUAUUAAAUAUUAUAUUAUUUUAGGAGUAUUCAUUCCCCUCCUUACGAAAACUCUAUCUAUAAAUAAUGGACCAACCCACAAACUCUGUCCUUCACUCAAAACUCUCCCUCCUUACUUUUCACUGAUUCUCAAUUAAAACAUCAAAACAAAAAAUACACUGAAACCCACACCCCCCUCAUUCUUCAUGUGCUCUCUCUCCUAACUAUUGUUUUAUUGCGCAACAUUUUAUAUUGCUUUAUAAAUAAUAUUUCUAUUACUUAGCUAGAGAAAUAUAUAUACGAAAGACAAAAAUGGAAUUAGAGAGGGGAAAAUCAGUGCAGAGUAACAAGAAUAAUGGAGAAUCAGGGAUGAUUAUUGAUGAAAAUUUAAGUACUACUGUUGAUUGGAGAGGCAGACCUUCUAAUCUCAAUAAACAUGGUGGGAUGCGGGCAGCUGUCUUUGUCCUUGGAUUACAAGCGUUUGAGAUAAUGGCAAUAGCGGCAGUGGGAAACAAUUUAAUAACAUAUGUGAUAAAUGAGAUGCAUUUCCCGCUUUCAAAGGCAGCCAACAUAGUUACAAAUUUUAUUGGCACCAUUUUCCUUCUCGCUCUCUUUGGCGGCUACCUCUCCGAUUCUUAUCUCGGCAGCUUUUGGACCAUGCUCAUCUUCGGAUUUGUUGAACUUUCUGGGUUCAUCUUGCUAUCAGUACAAGCACACCUACCACAACUAAAGCCAGCAAUGUGCAACAUGCUAACACAAGACAACACUGGACAAAUUUGCGAAGAAGCAAAGGGAAUACAGGCUUUAAUAUUUUUCGUAGCACUUUACUUAGUUGCAUUAGGAAGUGGAUGUGUGAAGCCUAAUAUGAUAGCUCAUGGAGGUGAUCAGUUCAACUCCAAGCAGUCUACCCAGCUUUCGACAUAUUUCAAUGCAGCCUACUUCGCGUUCUCCGUUGGUGAGCUUAUUGCCCUUACCGUCCUCGUUUGGGUCCAGACACAUUCCGGUAUGGAUAUCGGGUUUGGUAUCUCAGCCAUUGUCAUGGCUAUGGGGUUAAUUUGCUUGGUUUCUGGCACUCUUGUUUACAAGAACAAGAGACCUCGUGGAAGCAUUUUUACUCCUAUUGCUCAGGUAUUUGUGGCCGCAUUUUUAAAAAGAAAGAAAGUUUGUCCAUCAGAUGUAAAGGUGCUUCAUGGGAAUACUAAUGCCAACAACCUUCAUCACUAUACCAGUUCCAAUGCAUCUGACAAUCUCAUUCAUACAGAAAGAUUCAGAUUCUUAGACAAAGCAUGCAUCAAAGUAGAAGACGGAUCAAACUACAAAUCAGAAGGAGCAUGGAGAUUAUGCACAGUUACUCAAGUAGAACAAGUGAAAAUUUUAAUAUCAUUACUUCCAAUCUUUGCUUGCACAAUAGUUUUCAACACAAUAUUAGCUCAACUACAAACAUUUUCAGUCCAACAAGGAAGCCAAAUGAACAAUAAACUCACCAAAUCUUUCAGCAUUCCACCCGCUUCUCUCCAGGCCAUCCCUUACAUUCUCCUCCUCUUCCUCGUCCCUCUUUACGACAAAUUCUUCGUCCCUUUUACGCGUAAAUUCACUGGCCAUGACUCCGGUCUCUCCCCUCUCCAACGCAUAGGGACCGGCCUCUUCAUCGCCACCUUUUCGAUGGUCUCCGCUGCCCUCAUGGAAAAACAAAGAAGAGACACCAUGGUUCACCACCAAAAACUCCUCUCCAUCUUUUACAUCACACCACAAUUCCUCGUUUUCGGGUUGUCCGAGAUGUUAACUGCCGUAGGUCUUAUUGAGUUCUUCUACAAGCAAUCCUUAAAAGGGAUGCAAUCUUUUCUCACAGCAAUGACUUAUUGUUCUUACUCCUUCGGGUUUUACUUUAGCUCUGUCUUGGUUAUCCUUAUAAAUAAGGUUACUUCCUCUUUAUCCUCUACUAACAAGGGAUGGUUGAGUGAGAAUGACCUUAAUAAAGAUAGGUUGGAUUUAUUCUAUUGGUUAUUGGCUGGUCUUAGCUUCCUCAACUUCCUCAAUUACCUCUUUUGGGCACAUUGGUACUCCUAUAACCCUUCUGUUAUGGCUACCUCUCAGCAACAUGUUUCGCCCGAGGACUUGAACUCUUCCAAGGUUAAUGAGGAUAAUAGUGUUGCUCCUAUUAGAAAAAAACCUUAACUUAAUUAACUAGAUUAUGUACAUUUUAUAAUGUUCAUGAUAUAUUAUAUUUCUAGCUUAUAUAUAUGUAUGUAGUUGAAUAACUAGUGUACUAUCCUGUCAAAAAAAAAAAAAAAAAAAAAAAGAAUAACUAAUGUACUAAGUUUGGAGUGUAUUAGGAAUGAGAUAUACCGUUUGUGUACCCCUUCAUUUCAAAUAUCAGGCUAAUUUAAACUUCUGAAGUA